AUGCCCGCAACUCGUUCGCGCCAGUCUUCGCGUCAAGCACAUCAAUCUCACUUCAAAGCCACCACACCCAGCAGCCCCCCUGACCCUGACCCUGACCUCAUCGUGAUAUCUUCCGACGACGAGGCUUCCACAGGGACAAAAAGACACCCCAAAACCAAAUCACGGAAGGCUGAAAAACGGAAACAACGCACGUCUAUUCCCUCAUCCGUGGAGAUUGUCGAAAUAUCUUCCGAUGAUAGCGUCUCCUCAAUAAAGCAUGAGACAUCGACUAGCACAAUCAAGUCGCUGCAAAAGCAACUGAAUGAAGCCAAGAAGGAAGUACAGCGUCUGAAGGCUGUACAACCCUCAUCGUUGGAGGACCACAUCAGCUGUGAAAUAUGUACGCUCAAAUUGUGGACUCCUUAUGUUCUUCCCUGCGGACACUCUUUCUGCCAAACAUGCUUGCAAGAUUGGUUCAAUACGACCCUCGCGCAACAUAUGACUAGCCAUCCGGACUACAAUCAACCAGCUCUCGCGCCGUAUCGCACAGCGCUCCAGAAUCCAGGCCUACCUCAACAGACUCGCUUGCAGAUUCAAAUGCACAUUACACAACUCGAAUCCAGGCAGCCCCGACCGCAAUACACGUGUCCAACAUGUCGAUCCCUCGUAAAGACCAAACCUGUCGAGGUGUAUGCACUCAAGCAUUUAGUCCGAACCAUCGCUGGCUCGAUGGGCGAGACCAGCCCGAAGAAGCCGGCGUCAUCUCGGGGAAGAACGGCGUCAGCGAGACCCGACGACGGUCUCUGGGAUGGUUUUUUUCCUCGAACGUCUUAA